AUGCUCCUGGAAGAAAAACAGCAUGUCACUUUUCUGGCUUGUACAAACGCAACAGGGGUGCAAAAAGUUAAACUUCUUGUUAUUGGAAAGGCAAAAAAUCCUCGCUCUUUUAAAAAUUUUGAUUCUCCUGUUGACUACAAUUACUCCAAGUCGUCAUGGAUGACGGCUGCCAUUUUUAAACAUUGGUUUCACCAUUCGUUUGUAUCACAGGCCAGGAAAUUUUUAAAAGAUCAAGGAUUGUCCAAUAAAGCUCUGCUGUUGAUAGACAAUGCUCCAUCUCAUCCUCCCGAAAAUGAAUUGAGAUCAGAUGAGGAGUUAAUAACUGCAAUGUUUAUGCCACCUAAUGUCACUCCACUCAUACAGCCAAUGGAUCAAAAUGGGAUACGACUUACAAAACUUUUCUACAGAAACAGUCCUUUGGCAUCAAUUGUAGCCACAGGGACUGAUGUUAUUGAAGCCCUAAAGAAAUUGACGUUAAGAGACGCUAUUGGCUAUUUAGAUUUAGCUUGGCAACGUCUUGAAAAGGAAACAAUAGCAAAAUGUUGGACGAACAUUUUAAGCUCUAUAGAAGAUGAAAAAGACUGUGAUGAAUAUAUUCCAUUAGCUACUUUGAGAGAAAGGAUUUGUUUACCAAUUAACUGCCAACAAGAACGCACAAUAGAACUGCUUCAUUCAAUUAAUCCAGAGGUUAGUUUUUCAAUUGCUGAUAUCAACGAUUGGACUGAAGAUUUUCCUAACUCAACCGAAACGAACGAGGUUUUAACUAGUGAUGAAAGUGAAAGCGAGGAUAGUAAUCUGGAAAGACCACAUACAAGAAUAGAGCCUAGUGAAGCAAUCAACAUUUUUAAUAAAGCCUUGGAAUGGGCGGAAGAUGAAAAUAUAAGCCCAACAGAUAACAGCGUACUUAAACGUCUCCGCGAAAAAGCCGUGCUCAGCAAUUUGCAAAAAACGAAAAUCCAAAAAAAAAUAACCCAUUUUUUUCAAUAAUUUCAAUGGGUAUUUUUUU